UUGAGUUGUUACUCCGUUUUCUGUUCAUAUUGUUAUUAUACAAAUCUUACUGCUCUUCUCUGUUUUUAUGCUCUGAUCUAGAUAGAAGUCUCUCUUCGAUCUGACUGUUUUCUCGUCGAUCAGCGAUGAUUUCUUAUGGUUUUAUUUGAUGGGUCAACUUCUGAUUUUGGGAUUUCUGAUAAAGUUGUAAUGGGAGCAGCUGAAGCAAGAGCAUUGUGGCAAAGAACAGCAAGUCGUUGCUUUGCUGUUCAUGAAGAUGCUAAAAUGGCUCCGAGGUUAGCUUGUUGCCAACACCAACAUUCUUCUUCGGGCAACACCGAAAAAAACAGUUUUUCUUCCGGAAGUUUUGGAGAUUCCUCUGAUUUCUCUUGUGAUACCAAAUGGUGGCUCAAGGGAUCAACUGGUUUUGAUGAGGAGAUUACAAACUCCUUUUUAGAAGAUACCAAAUGCAAGAAAUUGCAAGAAUUUGUCGACUUGAUCGGGAUACAAGAAGAAAAAGAAGACUACAGCUUUAUUGGCUCGAAAGCUACGCCAUGGUGGAGGAGCACGACGGAUAAAGAAGAAUUAGCUCUCUUGGUGGCGUCUAAAUCAAGCGAUCAUAAUAUCCAGAAUUGUGAUCUUCCUCCACCUCAAAAACUCCACAAGAGUAUUCACUGCACCAGUGGCGAGAAAGGAUUCAAAACAGCGGUUAGAUCGCCAUGGAAACAAGGAGUUUGUAGCGAGCGGUUUGAGAAAUCUUUGAGUUACAAUAGUAGCACAGAGAGCAAGAACACGAGUCCAAUGUCUUCUCCUAGAAGUGAUGAUCUAAGCAAAUCUCAGCUUUUAGAAGCGUUAAGGCAUUCUCAAACAAGAGCAAGAGAAGCAGAGAAAGCAGCAAGAGAAGCUUGCGCUGAGAAAGACCGUGUGAUAGAAAUCUUGUUGAGACAAGCGAGUCAGAUGUUGGCUUAUAAGCAUUGGCUAAAGCUUCUUGAAAUGGAAGCUCUUUAUCUGCAGAUGAAGAAGGAGGGUGAAGUAGAAGAACAGAUCAAAGGAAUGAAUCUGAAGAAGAGGAAACAGAGAAGGGAGAAGAAGAAAAAGGGUGAGAUUGGGAGAUAUAUGAUGGCUUUUGCAGUAGGGUUUAGUCUCAUUGGUGCUGGUUUGCUCUUAGGUUGGACUGUUGGAUGGUUUUUUACCUUGUAGAAACUGGAAAAUGUCUUUUGUGUGAUCACUGAUCUUGGCAAGAGUUUUAGGGUUUAUAACUUUUCACUUUGGCUCUAAAAUUGUGGGUGUGUAAGUUGUCUAAAUGUAUGUAUUUUGUGGUAAUAUCUCUGUUAUAGAUAAUCAAUUAUAAAAGCUUAUUUUCGAUA